AUCACGCCCCUAGACAUGCAGACUGCUUCUACAAACAUUGGUGAAAGAAUGGGUCGCUCUCAGGAGCUCAGUGACUCCAAGCGUGGUCCUGUGAUAGGUGGUCACCUGUGCAAUAAGUCCAUCCGUGACAUUUCCUGGCUACUAAAUAUUCCACGCUCAACUGUUAGAGGGAUUAUAACAAAGUGGAAGCCACUGGGAACAACAGCCACUCAGCCACCAAGUGGUAGGCCACGUCACAUGACAGGGCGGGGUCAGCGCAUGCUGAAGCGCACAGUGCGCAGAAGUCACCAACUGUCUGCAGAGUCAAUAGCUAAAGACCUCCAAACUUGGUGUGGCCUUCAGAUGAGCCCAACAACAGUGCGUAGAGAGCUUCAUGGAAUGGGUUUCCAUUGGCGAGCAGCUGCAUCCAAGCCUUCCAUCACCAAGUGCAAUGCAAAGCGUCGGAUGCCGUGGUGUAAAGCACGCCACCACUGGACUCUAGAGCGGUACUUGCCUGGCUGCAUUGUGCCAAGUGUAAAGUUU